AUGUUAGGACAGGAUAAUAAAAAGCCAAAUUAGAUGGUCAUUCAAAGGGAAUUCUAUCAGUCAAUUUCUCUCCUGAUGGUACUACAUUAGCAUCAGGUAGUCAUGAUAAGUCUAUCCGUUUAUGGGAUGUUAAGACAGGAUAAUACAAAGCCAAAUUAGAUGGUCAUUCAAAGGGAAUUCUAUCAGUCAAUUUCUCUCCUGAUGGUACUACAUUAGCAUCUGGUAGUUAUGAUAAGUCUAUCCGUUUAUGGGAUGUUAAGACAGGAUAAUACAAAGCCAAAUUAGAUGGUCAUUCAAAUUGUGUGUAUUCAGUCAAUUUCUCUCCUGAUGGUACUACAUUAGCAUCUGGUAGUUAAGAUAAGUCUAUCCGUUUAUGGGAUGUUAAGACAGGAUAAUAAAAAGCCAAAUUAGAUGGUCAUUCAGGAACAGUUUAUUCAGUCAAUUUCUCUCCUGAUGGUACUACAUUAGCAUCUGGUAGUUCAGAUAAGUCAAUCCGCUUAUGGGAUGUUAAGACAGGAUAAUAAAAAGCCAAAUUAGAUGGCCAUGAAUAUGCAGUUACUUCAGUCAAUUUCUCUCCUGAUGGUACUACAUUAGCAUCUGGUAGUUCAGAUAAGUCUAUCCGCUUAUGGGAUGUUAAGACAGGAUAAUAAAAAGCCAAAUUAGAUGGUCAUUCAGAAAUAGUUACUUCAGUCAAUUUCUCUCCUGAUGGUACUACAUUAGCAUCUUGUAGUUCAGAUAAGUCUAUCCGUUUAUGGGAUGUUAAGACAGGAUAAUAAAAAGCCAAAUUAGAUGGUCAUUCAGAUUAUGUAGGAUCAGUCAAUUUCUCUCCUGAUGGUACUACAUUAGCAUCUGGUAGUUAUGAUAAGUCUAUCAGUUUAUGGGAUGUUAAGACAGGAUAAUAAAAAGCCAAAUUAGAUGGUCAUUCAAAUUGUGUUUAUUCAGUCAAUUUCUCUCCUGAUGGUACUACAUUAGCAUCUGGUGGUGAAGAUAAGUCUAUCCGUUUAUGGGAUGUUAAGACAGGAUAAUAAAAAGCCAAAUUAGAUGGUCAUUCUAAUACAGUUUAUUCAGUCAAUUUCUCUCCUGAUGGUACUACAUUAGCAUCUGGUAGUUCAGAUAAGUCUAUCCGCUUAUGGGAUGUUAAGACAGGAUAAUAAAAAGCCAAAUUAGAUGGUCAUUCAGAUUAUGUAAGAUCAGUCAAUUUCUCUCCUGAUGGUACUACAUUAGCAUCUGGUAGUUAUGAUAAGUCUAUCCGCUUAUGGGAUGUUAAGACAGGAUAAUAAAAAGCCAAAUUAGAUGGUCAUUCAAAUUAUGUCAUGUCAGUCUGUUUCUCUCCUAAUGUUUAGAUAUCUUCAAUCCGUUUAUGGGAUGUUAAAACAGGAUAAUAAAAAGCCAAAUUAGAUGGUCAUUCUAGUUAUGUUACUUCAGUCAAUUUCGCUCCUGAUGGUACUACAUUAGCAUCUGGUAGUGGAGAUAACUCUAUCCGUUUAUGGGAUGUUAAGACAGGAUAAUAAAAAGCCAAAUUAGAUGGUCAUUCUAAUACAGUUUAUUCAGUCAAUUUCUCUCCUGAUGGUACUACAUUAGCAUCUGGUAGUGAAGAUAAUUCUAUUCGUUUAUGGGAUGUUAAGACAGGAUAAUAAAUCUUAUCCUCAGAUAAUCGUUAUCAAAAUAUUCUAGCUUAAUUUUAACGUUCAAUAAUUAAAAAUAAUGUUCUUUCAGAAAGUGUUAAUUCUAACGUUACCAUCCUUCUAAUAUCACAAUAACUCAUAUUUUAAUCAUAAGGUGCUCUAAUUUUAAAAGGAUAAUUUCAUAUUCCAUAAGGCAUAGACUUGA